AUGUGGCGACAGGGCAUAGCAAGCCUUCGCCGGCAACCGAGGCUGUCGUGCCCGCGGCCGCCGCCUCACGCGACCAGCGGGUCAGCCGCGAGCCCGGGCCCCAUCCAGUCGCGCAGCCGACGGCCCCCACCGCCCUCGACGACAUCGCCCUUCCUCCCUCGGCGCCGCUCCCUCCAGACCUCGGCGCCCUUCCAGCCACUGCAGGGGCCCCCGACGCCCGCCUCCCUCGGCGCACCACGGGCCGCGAGGUCAUUCACCCGCUCGCGCAGGUGGCUCCGGCGGCUGCUCAUCCUCGCCGCCGCCGCCGGCGUGGUGUACGUGGUGGACAGCCAGGUCUAUGCUUCCGGGCUCGGCCGCAGCCUACGCACCUUCGGCACCGGCGUGCUUGUCGCUGUCGACUACAAGAUCAACUUCCGCGCCAAGCCCUUGCCCGUCAUCGGCAGUGACGGUGGCAUCCCCGACCUGCACAGGCGCUCCGCCGAGCGCAUGUUCGACCUGCUGCGUCACAACGGCGGGCUCUACCUCAAGAUCGGCCAAGCCAUCGCCAUGCAGAGCGCCAUCAUGCCCCCCGAGUUUCAGAAGAUGUUCUCGCGCAUGUUCGACGACGCCCCGCAGAACAGCUGGGAAGAGGUCGACAAGGUCAUCCGCGACGACUUUGGCGGCCGGGGCGUGCAGGAGGUCUUCGGUGUCAGCUUCGCCGGCGGUGACGGCAAGGGCGUCAUCGAGACAACUGCCAGGGCGUCUGCCAGUGUCGCGCAGGUGCACUGGGCGAGGCUUCCCGACGGCCGCGAGGUUGCGCUGAAGAUACAGAAGCCCGAGAUUGCCAAGCAGAUUGGCUGGGACCUGUGGGCGUUCAAGGUUGUGACGUGGGUCUACAGCAAGUGGUUCGACCUGCCCCUGUACAGCUUGGUCCCCUUCAUCACGGAGCGGCUUGAGCUCGAGACCGACUUCGUCAACGAGGCCAAGAAUUCCGAGACGAUGCGGAAGCUCAUCAACGACGAGCCGUCCCUGAAGGGCCGCGUUUACGUCCCCAUAGUCUAUCCCGAGCUGUCGUCGAAGCGCGUGUUAACCACCGAGUGGAUCGAAGGCGUUCGACUGUGGGACAAGGCUACCAUGACGGGCCCCUGGCUGGGCGGCUACGGGAAAGGCUCCCCCGGCGUGCAUGGCAAGCAACUCGAGGCACCUGACAUGACGCGGAUCCGGCGGGAGCUGCGGCAGAGCCCUGGCAGCAGCGGCGCACAACUCAAGCCGGAGCGCAACGAGUGGAAAGGCCCACGCGGCAAAGGCGGGCUAGGGCUGUCGGCGAAGGAAGUGAUGACCACGAUGGUCGAUCUCUUCAGUGCUCAGAUCUUCAAAUGGGGCGUCGUGCACUGCGACCCCCACCCGGGCAACAUCUUCAUCCGACGACUCCCUAGCGGGCACGCGGAGCUGGUUCUCAUCGACCACGGGCUCUAUGUAUACAUGAGCCCGAAGUUCAGGCGCGAGUAUGGGACCUUCUGGAAGUCCCUCAUGACCUUCGACAACGACAAGAUCAAGGAGGUAACGGAGGAGUGGGGCAUCAAGGCCGCGGACAUAUUCGCGUCCGCCACGCUGAUGAGGCCGUACGAGGGCGGCGACCAGGAGUUCAAGCGCGGGCUCAUGAUGGAGGGCAUGACCCCCAGCGAGAGGAGCUACGCGAUGCAGCGGCGGAUGAAGCAGGGCAUCAGAGAUAUCCUAGCAGACGAGGACAAGUGGCCGAAGGAGCUCAUCUUUAUCGGCCGAAACAUGCGGAUCGUGCAGGGGAACAAUCAGUACAUGGGGUCUCCUGUCAACAGGGUCAAGAUGAUGGGAGAGUGGGCGUCUAGGAGCCUCUUCCUGGACCCCAACCUGCCCUGGCCCGAACGGCUCAGGUACCGGUGGAGGCACUUGCUCUUCAAGGCAGUGCUCUGGGGCUCGGAUUGGUUGGGCGUCGGGGGAGGGAUGGAAGACGAGGUCGAGGCCCGCAUGGCGGACAUGGCCAAGGAUGUUGGUAUUGAGCUCCAACACGGCGUAUUUGAGGGUUGA